AUGGCACCUGCAAGCAAGAAAGUCCUCGUUCUGGGUGGCACGGGUGUUGUUGGGAAGACGCUUCUCAAUACAUUGCUUGCAGCGACAGAGCAGUUCGAGCGUAUUGGGUUGUUCACCACCCAAGAAACAUGCGCGAAGAAAGCCGACUUGAUCGACUCGUUCAAGUCCCGUGGAGCUGAAAUCCUUGUUGGUAACUAUACUAAUUAUGAUGUGCUGAAAGCAUACGAAGGCUUCGACACUGUGGUCUCGGCAUUGGGCCGGACAGCAAUCGAGAAGCAAUGUGACCUGAUCUUGCUUGCAGAGCAGUCUCCAAGCAUCGUGCGAUUCAUUCCAUCUGAGUUCGGAACCGACAUCGCUUUCAAUGCCUCGUCGGCAAACGAGAAGCCUCACCAAGCAAAGCUGAAAGUUCGCGCCUUCUUGGAGUCGGAAGCUGUUCGCCGCCUGACCUACACCUAUGUCGUUACUGGUCCAUUCGCAGAUCUCUACGUAGGGUCGAUGCCUCGUGAGCCACAACUCGGUACCUUUGACGUCCAUAGCAGGCAUGCCGUAUUGCUCGGAGACGGCGAUGGGAAUAUUGCUUUAACAACAAUGGCCGACUGCGGCAGAGCACUGCUUGCGGUGCUCCGGCAUCCAGAAGCGUGCGAUGGCAAGGCGAUCAUCGUUCAUUCGUUCGUCACUACUCCGCAAGCCAUCUUGCGUGAAUUUGAAAGGCAGAUGAAUGCCAAAUGGAGUGUUGACUGCACCACUCUUGCCGAGCUGAAGAUGUUGGAAGAUGACGCUUGGACGCAGUCAAACCCUUUGGCAGCUCUGUACACACUGCGAAGAAUCUGGACCGAAGGCGCUACUCUGUAUCCCAAGAUCGAUAACGAGACCAUUGGCCUUGCGAAGACGGACACACUCGAGAUGGUCGUCCAAGCAGCGAUCGCCAAGCCGACAUUGGGCUUUCAGAGCGGUGUCCUCUAG